AUGCCACACGAUGAUCAUACAAUGCAUGAAAUGCUUGAUCAAUGUGCGAAAUAUUAUCAAAAUAAUCAAACAGAAUUAGCAAAAAUUGAACAAUUUCGAACGACUUAUACGCGUGAUCAAGCUAUUAGUUGGUACACCGAUGAAUGUUUUCUCUAUAAACUUCUUAAUCAAGCCUUACGUACGGAAGACAUUCAACUUCUCUACUCAUUUCAAUUUUUCAUCAUCGAUCUUUGUGCCGAACUCGAACGAGAAAGCGACAAGAUAAAGACUGAAGGUCAUCUCACGGUCUAUCGUGGACAAAUGAUGUACAAAGAAGAAUUCUAUAAACUACAGCAUAGUGUUGGCGGAUUAAUUUCCACGAAUGGAUUUUUCUCAACGUCACGUGAUAUAAAUAUUUCAUAUGGAUUUUUAACAAAAUCCAAUUCGACUAACGAAAGAGUUCUGUUCGAGAUUCAAGCCGACCCAUCCAUACCUGGUGUCAUUUGCGCCGAUAUAUCUGCUCGAGGCUCGAUGCCUUGGGAACGAGAAGUUCUCUUCAGUCUCAAUACCGUAUUUCAGAUCGUCUCUGUAAACUCCGAUCCGAUACACGAUGCUUGGAGAGUACAGUUAGUUGCCAGUGAUCAAGGUAUAGAAAAAGUGAACGAUUAUAUUAAAUGGCUUCAAAUUGAAAUUGAUUAUUCCAGUCCAUUGGUUUAUUUUGGUCGACUUCUCUGGAAUGAACUUGGUCAAUUAACACAGGCUGAAAGUUAUUUCAAAAUGCUUCUUAAUACCUUACCAAUUGAUCAUCCAGACAUAGCAUCGAUCAAUCUGGAAUUCAGUCAUAUCUAUGAUGAAAAAGGUGACUAUGAUUUAGCGCUACAAUAUUCCGAACGUGCAUUGAAUAUCCGACAACAACAGACACCUAUCGUUCCCAAUCGUCUUGCUUCGUGCUUGAAUAGUAUGGGUGUAAUCUACAAACAUAAGGGUGAUCUUGAUCGUGCCAUUGAUUACUAUCAACAAUCAUUAACUAUAUACGAAAAUGAGGUGUCCAGUGGCAAACAUCUUCAUCAAGCUAAUACAUUGAUAAAUUUAGGCGCCGUACACAAAGACAAAGGUGAUUUUGAUAUAGCACUGGACUAUUUCACUCGUGCUUAUGAAAUAUGUCGAGAACUUUUACCUGCCGAUCAUCCUCGCCUUGCCGAUGCUUUGUCAAAUAUUGGAAGUAUCUAUCAUCAUCGAGAAGAUUUUGAUCAGGCUUUCAACUUUUAUCAACAAGCUCUAGACAUUCAAGAGAAGACUUGCCCUGAUGAUCACCUGCGAAAAGCAAAUACAAUUCGAAACAUUGCUCUCAUAUAUUGCGAUAAACAAGAUUGGAAUAAUGCCAUGAGUUAUUUCGAUCGUGCCUUGACCAUGCAUCGACGCCUUUUAUCUGACAUUCCUCAUCCUAACAUUGCAGUCUGCUAUGGUGAUAUCGGUCAUAUCUAUGAGAAGUUGGACAAUUGGGAUCAAGCGCUCGAUUAUUAUCAACGACAAUUGAAGAUGGAAGAACAAUGUCUUUCGAUCAAUCAUCCUCAUCUCGCUCUACAUUUUGAUUGGAUUGUUAGCAUGUUGAAAAAGAAAGGCAAUAGUGAUGAAGCUAGAAAAUUAUGUCAAGAGAAGUUGACCAUGCUUCCAGAUCUGUUAGGAAACGACUAUGCUAAUCAUCCAAGAUAUGCUCACACUUUAGUAUCAUUAGCGACGGUACUGGAAGACAGUGAUUUUCGCACAGCACUUGAAUACUAUAAACAAGCAUUCGCAGUACUUGAACGACAUCCACAUUUGGAAGCCAAUCAAGUAUGUCUCUCAGCUAUGGUGAAUUUCUUUUGGAAGAACAAUAUGUACGAUCAAGCAUUGGUUUAUCAAUUGAAAUUAGUUGAUUCGCAAAGUGCUACUCUAUCGUCGAACAAUAAGGAACUAGCUGUUUCGUUGCGUGGUUUAGCCCGUCUCUAUCGAACAAUGAAGAAUGAGCAAGAAGCAACUAAAUAUUUCAAUCAAAGUUUGGAAAUCUUUCGAGCCAUUUAUGGACCUCAUCAUGAUCGUGUUAAAGAUAUCUCAAAUGAACUAAAUCAAUUAGGAAAUUAUGCCGCUGUCUCAGACACUGUAAAGAAGAAAGAAAAUGAUAUCGAUCAUUACUAUUCGAUCCAGCAACCGAUGCCAGAUCGCCAGUUUAAAAGUUACCCGGCAUCGCGACCAGCCAAAAGUGCUGCUUGUACACUUCUCUAA